AGGACAUGACGCCACCAGGUCAAAGAGUAGACCCUUUUUGGCUUCCUGCAGGGUAAGUUCUUCUCAUUUAUCUUUGUUUUGGGCAUGAGCAUCUGGUACCAAGAACCUGGUGAUGUUUGUAGUAUGCAUAAAUUUGAUGGUGGGUCCAUUCACAGGAUGGACCCUAAUUCAAGUUACUUGCUGAAAAUCAGACUCACUGGUAAUCCUAAAAAGCGCCGGAAGGAGUUUUCAUGCUUUAAUAUCACCAAGGUUGUAGAUUCUGAUGUUUGCAAUUUCAAGGACCUUGUCGAAGAAAUUGUUGAUAAGUACCCCCAUGGAUACAAUGAGAUAGUUCAUGUUUUUUACUAUGAUAACGUUGAAAAAACAUUUCCACAAAUCACAACAGACCAAGAACUUCUUAAAAUGUUUAGCAAACAUGCUGACAGCAAGGUAGUGUGUAUGACCAUUACAUACACUGAGCCCACAGAUGAUGUCCCUAUCCCAAAGUGUUAUGCUGAUGAGGUUUUAGAUAUCCCAGACACACCUUCUAUGGCAUGUCCAUCUCUAGUGGUAGGUAGCCAGCUCACUGAACCUACAAGCCAAUCCACUAAACCUUGUACUAGCAAACCUUCCAUAGAUCAGGAUGGUGAUGAUGAUUAUUUGGCAAAUCCUGAACCACAUAAUGAACAUGUGGGUGUGGACGACGAAAUCCUAUAUUUGGCAAAUCUUGAACCAUAUAAUGAACAUGUGGGUGUGUCCAGAGCUCAUCAGAAUGUUAGUGAGGGCAGUGACUCUGAAUCUGGAUCUGAAUCUGAUGAAGAGUAUGAAGAAGAAGAUGGAUUAAUUGGAAAAGAUCCUCCGCCACCUAUGCCAAUUAUUUGUUAUGACAAACUUGACCCUCCAAUGAGUGUAGGAAGCAUAUAUCCCAACAUGCAAGCAUUUAAGUUGGCAUUAUCUCAGCAUGUUGUAAACCAUGAAUUUGAGUUUAACACUGAAAAGAGUGACCCAGGGCGAUUGAGGGCAUAUUGUUCAAGGAAAAGAGAAGAAGGGUGUAGAUGGAGGAUACAUGCUUCGACAAUGAAGGAUAAUGUGACGAUAAAGGUAAUUUAUGUGGUUUAGGAUAUCUAACAUUUUACUAUAAUUAGAUUGGAAAUUAUUUAAGCAACAAUUGUAUUUGUUGGAGUGUAUGCAGGUGAAGAAGAACCCACAUCGACAUGGUUGUUCUAGUUUAAGAAGAAGUAAAACUGUGAAGAAUGCAACUAAAUUUUGGGUCUGUGAAAUUGUGAAAGAUUGGAUCAUGGAGGAUGCAAGGUUGACAGCUAAAGAAUUGCAGAGGAGGAUAAAAGAUAAGCAUAAGGUAGAUGUGCCUUACAAAAGAGUGUACGAUGGUAUGCUUUUUGCCCAAACACAACUAUUUGGUAGCUGGGACAACAACUUUAAUAACUUAUAUAGGUUCAAAAAAGAGGUAGAAAGAUGUUGUCCUGGUAGUGUUGUAGUGAUUGAUAAUCAUAUGGUAAAUGAGAAGAUCCGGUUCAAUAGACUAUUCUUUGCUAUGAAACCAUGCAUAGAAGGUUUCCUUAGAGGGUGCAGACCAUACUUAGCAAUUGAUAGUACAUUUUUGACAGGGAGAUUUAGAGGACAACUAGCUUGUGCAAUAGCUGUAGAUGGGCAUAACUGGAUGUAUCCAGUUGUUGUUGGAGUGUUAGGCUCAGAAACAAAUGAAAAUUGGAGCUGGUUUAUGCAGAUGCUUAGAGAUGCUAUUGGAACACCAGAAGGGUUAGCUAUUUGCACUGAUGCUGGACAAGGAGUGAUGGCAGGGGUUAAGGAAGUGUUCCCAAAUGCAGAACAUAGAGAAUGCAUGUUACAUUUGGUCAUGAACUUCAAGAAAAGGUUUAGUGGAAAGAUAUUUGAUGAUCAUCUUUGGGCAGCCGCAUAUACAUGGAGCCCAUACUUGUUUGAGAAGCACUGGACGAUAAUGGAUGAAGCUAUGCCGGCAGCAAUGGCGUACAUAAGGCAAUACCAUACUAGGAUAUGGACAAGAAGCCAAUUUGGGACCCAUUGUAAAGUUGAUUAUGUGACCAACAAUUUGGCUGAUUGCUUUAACAAUUGGAUUAAGAAGUAUAAGGGCUUGAAUUUGGAUGACUUGCUUGAUAAUAUACGACAACUUAUUAUGAAGAAGUGGGAUGUUAGGAGGACAAUCUCAAGAAAGAUGGAAGGGGUUAUUCUACCACGAAUCAUUAAGGACUUGAAAGAACAAAGCUUUAACUUAGAUAUGGAUGUUCAGCGUAGUGGGGAUACACUUGGAGAGGUGUCUGUAAAGGGUGGCAGUGGCCGAUCAGCCCCGUACGUGCGUGUUGUCACCUCGUGGCCGGCGGUGGGCGGCGCGCGCGAGGAGAGUGGAACUGGUAGAAGCCUUUUCUGGUGGCUGCGCGCUGCCUGCGUUUGCAUCUGCAUGCAUGAUGCUUGCAAGCCGAAAGGCGGCCAGCUGCCCGAGCGAGCGUACGUGAUGGAACGAACGAAGCGGCAAUGCAGGGAGACGCGACGCGACGUGUGA